AAGGUUUCAUUAGAGAGUUCUCACUCAGAUCAUCUUCCUGUUGACCGGAUCACAUCUGAGGAUGGCUUCUCUCCAUGUUUUGGUUUGUCUGCUGGGACUGGUUGUCCUCUGUCACUCUGACUGCUUCUUCCAGGAGUUGGUGCUGGAAGAUCUGAAUAACCCUCCCAAAGGGUGUGUGGACAAGGCCGGACAACAGCAUGACUUUGGCUCUGAAUGGGACAGAGACUGCAUGGCCUGCUCUUGUACGAGCCAGGGCUUGAGCUGCUGUAGCAAGAUCCUUGAUGGAAACGCAGUCGAUGUCCCUGAUGAAUGUGAGCUGGUUGUAAAUAAGGAGACCUGCUCUGCCAAGUUGUUGUUGAAGUCAGACAAGACAAAAGAGUGUAACCCUGUGUGAACGCACAACAAACUUAAUUCUAAAUGUUCCGGAAAGCGGUCUUUUUUAUUUGAUUAGAUAUUUUAGGGUGUGUGCAUGAAGCAUGGAUCACCGUUAAACACAGACUAAUCAAUCUUUGUCUGAAUCCAUAAUGUUUUGAAGGUUUUUGACAAUAAAGAUAAAACCUAAAAACUU